AUUUGCUCCGUAGAUUUUGCAGGUGCAAGAAAAUGUGUAAAUUGCCCUAUGACGCUGACCACAUAUCAUAAAUACUGGAGUUGUGAAAGGGAGCACAACACAUGCUUUUACUGUUAUGCGGACCUUAUAAGCGAAAAUGAGGAAGAUGACGACCGAAGUAUAGUCUGCCCAGUAUGUGGAAAAAAGCUCAAGAAAAUCCAACCAUCUGCAGGUGAAGAACACGUGUUCAUUUACGUCGAUGACUCGAACAUGUGGAUCGAAGGAAAAAAGCUUGCUGCCAAACAGGCGAAUUUAAAAUGUGUGGAGGAUCCAGGGCUGCGGUUGGACAUAGGUAAGGUAACUGAUGUAGUCGCGAGUGGUAGAGAUGUUGCUUGGGGAAUUCUCUAUGGGUCAGAACCUCCACCAAUAGACUCUGUCUGGGAGAAAAUAAGAGAACAUGGGUGGCAAGUAGUAACAUCUAAAAGAAGUGCUAUUACGAACAAGGAGAAGCAGGUGGAUCACCAGAUGGCAGUGGACAUCACCGUGCUGGUAACAGAUAGGAGCGUUGCAAAGGGAAAAAUUGUCCUUGUCAGUGGAGAUGCAGAUUUCAUCCCAGCAAUAAAAGAAGGACUGAGAACAAACUGGUCUUUUGAGAUAUGGAUGUGGGCAAGUGGCAUCUCGAAGGCAUUAAGAACCCUUAAAAAGGACAACCCAGAAUUAUUGUCAAUUCAUGAACUGGACUCCCGCUUAAAGGAUAUUUCUUUUACUAAUUUCAAAUUUAAUGCAAAGCAAGUUUCUUCACAAUUGAACAAUCGCUCCGCAGUAAUAAAGAAUUUCGAAGUAACUGAGGGAUGGGAGAAGAAACUAACUGAAAAGCUAGGAUGGCCGUUUCAGUUCUGUUGGAUAGGACCAGAGACUCUAACAGAUGUGAAGGACUAUAAAGACGUUCUCCUUAUUUUCCAGAGUCAUGCGAAGCCAAAAGAUGACAAAGCAUUUUCAGAUCAUUUUAAAGAAAUAUUUCAAAGUUUGCUAAAAAAAUACCCCGGAAAGGUGGUAAUAUAUCCAGCCUAUCGCAGAGAGUAUGCUAAAGACGAAGAGAUAUGCCUGACAAAUAGGUAUGGGUUGUUAGUAAAAGUAGAUGAGGAGCUUAGCUCCUCUGACCAGUCAGACUUGGAAGAGGGAGGUGGAGAACGGAGCCGCCCAGGCUGCGGUAAAAAGAGCACAACAAAUGAUCGUGAUACUUCCGAGCCCGAGGAAUUUAAACUCGUUCAGGGUAAACAGAGAAGGCGAGCUCAACAGUAUUCUGAACUUUGUAGACAUCGCUCCAGAUGUUCAAAAAGUUUGAAAUGUACGCAUGGCCACACUGAAGACGAAAAGAAGUUCUUUAGAAAACCCUUGAAAUUUUUGGAAUGCAAUUUCAAGAAGAAUUGCAAAUAUGGGUCUCAGUGUAAAUACGCCCACUCUAGUAAAGACAGUUUUUGUCGCCUAUGCCAUCAGUGGGGACACUUAGAAAGUGACUGUCCGGAAUGGUAA